AUGCCAAAACGAAUCCCAACAAUUUCACACAUUGCAUCGCUAGUAUUGGAUCUUCGUACCGGAUUAGGUGCUGCCAAGUUGAGUCACUCGGUGAAAAAGAUUACUUUGUUUACCACAUCACGGAGAGGUGGCGUUACUGCCAAAAAGUUUUGGCGACAACACCUUCCCCGGAUAGCAUACAAUAAUCCUCAUGUAGAAUUUGAAAUCAAGGUCAAAGAUGAAAUGAAUGUGCGGCCACGGUUAUAUGUGAGUUUUGACGAUGCAAACAAGAAGCCGUUGAAGAUCGAUUGCUCACAUUUGAAGACACCAGAUGGUGUCUGCAGGCGACUUUUGCAUGAAGCGGACGGAGUGCCAGCUCUUUUGGUUGGAGAAGAUGCGCUCGCUGACGUCGUUGGGUCCCAAAAUAAACCCAGAUGGGGAUAUUACUCAAACUAG